GGAUAUCACCGAUAACGAACUUGAAAAACGACAAAGGUCUUCUUCCAGUGGUACCACCUGGUACCGAGGUGGUGGAGGUGGUGGUUCAAAAAGGGAUAUUACCGAUAACGGACUUAAAAAACGACAAAGGUCUUCUUCCAGUGGUACCACCUGGUACCGAGGUGGUGGAGGUAGUGGUUCAAAAAGGGAUAUUACCGAUAACGGACUUGAAUAA